AUGGAUCCAAUAUGGCCACUUCCUGGAAAAUCCUUCCCCUCCCCUCCGCAGGCACCGCCCGACGGCCCGACCCACCGCGGGGGGAACCGGGGGGGAACCGGGGGCACCGGCACCCAGGGGCGGCAGGAACGGGACGGGGCACAGGCAGAGCACCGGGACCGAGACCGUGACCGGAGCCGGACCUGCGGCUGGGGCUGGGAUUGGGGCUGGGGCUCCCCCAGCACCGCCCCGCAGGAGGAGGAGGAGGAGGAGGAAAAGGAGGAGGAGGAGAAGGCAGCGGUGCCGGUGCGGCUCCCGCACCCUCCUGGGGAGGAGUCGCGGGGCGGAGCGGCCCCGAUCACCUCAGGCGCGGGAGCGGCGGGCGGGGACGCGCUCGCAGGUGCGGAUCGCGGCGGAACCGCUCGGGCUCGGGGCUCCCUGCGCCGACAGAGCUUCCAUAGCUCCACCGACAGCUCCAUCACCGCCUCCUCCUCCUCCUCCACCUGUGGGAUGGCGGAGCUCGACAUCAGCCCUGCGGCCGUGCUGGGUUUCCUGCGGGAGCGCGGCGGGCGGGCGCGGAACGCGGAGCUGCUGAGCACCUUCCGGGCGGUGCUGGAGGGCGGCGGGGACGCGGCGGCUCGGGCCGAGCGGCGGGAGCGCUUCAAGGAUGCGGUGAACGCCGUGGCCGUGGUGAAGGAGCGCGACGGGGAGAAGUUCGUCGUCUUACGGCGGGAGCUGCGCAGUGCCCCGCGGCCGGGGGACGCGCUGGAACCGGGCGGCGAUGGCGACCGACGCGCUCCCGGUGGCCACCUCUCGCCAGGGCCCCCCGAAGCUCUGCCGUCGCCCCCCGAGGCUCUACCGUCGCCCCCCGAGACGCUGCCGUCACCGCGGGCCGUCUCUGAGCUCCGUGGCCUCUUCCAGGGCGGUGGUGGAGGGGUUCCCCUGCCCGCCGGAGCCGGGGGGUCCCGUCGGGAGCCGCUGCCCAAGCCCUGCAUGCUGCCGGUGCGCUGCGUGCCGCCCCCCACAGCCGCCGCCGCCUCCAUCGCCCCGGGGCCUCCGGAAGAGCCGGGGUCCCCCUUGUCCCCCCCGUCGCUGGAGGAGGAGGUCGGGUCCCGCUCGCCCGGGCUGAGGCGGGUGCCCAAGAGUCAUCGGUCGAGCGAGGAGGUGGCUGCGGUGCCCCUGGAGGAGGCCGAGCACCGGUGGCUGCUGAUGGCGUCCGGGGGGCAGUGGACUCAGCAGCUCCACGGGCUGCUCCUGGGUGACUCCAGCUUGGCCACCCGCAGGGACUUCAUCUCGGGCUUCACCGCCCUCCACUGGGCCGCCAAGAACGGCAACUGCGACAUGGUGACCAAUGUCAUCCGAGCCGCCGAGAAGGGGGGGACCCGCGUCAACGUGGACGCCCGGUCCCACAGCGGGUACACGGCGCUCCACCUGGCUGCCAUCCACGGGCAGGAGAAGGUCAUCAACAUGCUGGUCUACAGCUACACGCCAAAGACCGACCUGAGGGACUACAGCGGGAAGAAGCCACACCAGUACCUGAAGGAAGGGACCUCCUCGGCCGUCAGGAGGCUGCUGGGAGACCCCAACCUCCCCCAGGGCACGGAGCACUCGGCGCCCAUCAAGAAGAGCACGAAGCUGGCGGCUUCCAUCCUCAGCUCCACCAGCACCUUCCUGGGGGUCAUCUCCGACGACAUGGCUUUCUACGACCUCACCAAAGGCCUGAGGAAGCCCUCGUCCUUAAACAAGCUCCUGGCUGCCACCACGGGCCCCAGGAGGAAGCCCAAGAAGGGGGGUUUCCCUUCCUAUUCCUCCCUCUCAGAGGCGACCGAGGAUGAGGAGGGGGAGGUGGUGGUGAAGCGCAGACCCGUGUCUGAGCUCUUCUUUGGCCAUUGACCUCUGCCUUCUCGGGGCUGAAGUUGUUUAAUGAUGGACUCAGGGCCCAGGUUUUCUCCUGCAGGAUUUCUUCUCUCCUUAUCUGUCUCUUUGGAUCUUUAACCAAGUCCCUGCUUAGGGCCUGGCUCCAAAGGUCACUGGAUGAACCUCAGUCUGCUGAGGAGGAGGAGGAGGAAGAGGAGGAGCUGCCCCAGGAGUG